CCCUCAGCUGUUUUUGUUUUUGUCUGCCUCCUGUUAACUCUAGAAGUUAGUGUUAAAACAGAAUUACAAGCGCCGUGUUCUAAAAUAGAAGAAACAACAAAUCAUUUUAGUUUCAGGAUUCAAGCCAUCAAUUUCCAAUUUGUAUAGCAUGUAUUACAUUGUAAUAACUAAUCUCAAGUGCAUACGUGUGUAGAGGAGCUGGGUUUCGGAGUGAUCGAUCCGAACACAGGCCACUGAACUAGGGCAGUGGAGCAGGACAGGAUAAUCACUGUGGGCGAGAUGGAGGAACGGGAGACACCCGACGGUCCGGGAGGGCCUCAAGGCUUGAUCAGCGCCUCGUUCAACCAGGACACCACGUCUCUAUCAGUGGGCACUAAGUCAGGCUACAGACUCUUCUCUGUCACCUCAGUGGACAAGAUGGACUGCAUCCACGAAGGAGCGGAGUGUCCAGACGUGUACAUCGUGGAGCGGUUGUUCUCCAGCAGUCUGGUGGCGGUGGUCAGUCUCUCCAUGCCCCGACGUAUGAACGUCUACCACUUCAAAAGGGGAACAGAGAUCUGCAACUAUAGCUACUCUAACAACAUCCUCUCAGUCCGGCUCAACAGACAGAGGCUGGUGGUGUGUCUGGAGGAGUCAGUCUACAUCCACAACAUCAAAGACAUGAAGCUGCUGAAGACGCUGCUCAACACGCCCCACAACCCCUCAGGUCUCUGUGCCCUCUCUGUGAACCAUGGUAACUCCUACCUGGCGUACCCUGGCAGUCAAACCAUCGGAGAGAUCAUGGUCUAUGACACCAACAACCUGAGCAAGGUGACGAUGAUCCCAGCCCAUGACAGUCCCCUGGCAGCCCUCACAUUCAACGCUUCAGGAACCAAACUCGCCAGUGCCUCCGAGAGGGGUACAGUGAUCAGAGUGUUCACCAUCCCAGAGGGACAGAGGCUGUUUGAGUUCCGUAGAGGGAUGAAGAGGUAUGUGAGUAUCAGCUCGUUGUCCUUUAGUUCAGACGCCCAGUUCCUCUGUGCCUCCAGCAACACAGAGACGGUCCAUAUCUUCAAACUGGAACAGCACAGCCCCAGUCGAGAUGGCGAGUCUCCUACGUGGGGUGCCUACGUGGGGAAGAUGUUCACAGCAGCCAGCACCUACCUUCCCUCCCAGGUCUCUGACAUGAUGCACCAAGACCGGGCCUUUGCCACCGUACGACUCAACAUGUUCGGACUCAAGAACGUAUGCGCCUUGUCCACGGUUCAGAAGCUACCUCGGCUGCUGGUGGCAUCAUCAGAUGGACAUCUCUACAUCUAUAACAUUGACCCACAGGACGGAGGAGAGUGUGUUCUGGUCAGGAAACACAGACUAUUUGAAGGAGAUGAGGCGCCACAGGAAGCACAACAGAAAGAGAAGGAGUCAGAGGAUGGAAGGUCCCUCCCACCGUCAACCAGCCCAUCAUAUGCUGCCACUGUGUCCCUCCCCUCGACUGCACCCUCUUCUACCACUCUCACAGGCUACUCAGAGGAUGGAGGGGCUGAGAAAGGGGAUGUGAUCCCUGAACAUGAGUUUGCCGAGGGACCCGUCUGUCUGGAUGAUGAGAACGAGUUUCCUCCCGUCAGCAAACAGACCAACUGACCCACCACUUCCCUGGAACCAAUCAACUGGAGCCAUUCACACAAGAAGGAAGUAUAUCAGUGUUAAGAGAACCCCCCACCCCAUGUCCCCAACGAUCAAAUGGGAGAAAUGUAGAUGCCACAGUGUUGAUUGGUUACUCUAAUGUGCCAUUCAGAAGUAGAGUGUGGCUGGAUAGUGGACCCGUCUCUGUACAUUGUCUUAUACCUGGAACUAAAGGUCAGUAUGAAUACAAUUUAAAUCAAUUCCCUAACUAUCAGAAGGGAAGCAGGUCUGGGCUAUGAAUUUGUAGCCUUCCUCUAGUCUAAUAUUAACCAAUAUUUAACCUGGUUAAAAAGGGACUUUAAUAUUGAAUUGCAAUCAUAUAGAGCUAUUGAGAAGUGCUCUGGGCUUUUUACUUUUAUAACCUGUUUAGUAUCAUUUAGUGAUUUAUAACACUGACUGGAUAGCGGGGUCCGAGUCGUAUUCUGCUGCUUGAUGCAGAUUGGCUAGAACCCAGUGUAGGGUGGAAGAGGGCAGAGAGGGGCACAGACAGAGUGCGUCUUAUCAGUGGGCUAUAGCUGUGCCACGCCCUGAGAGAGAAGAGGGGGAGGGAAAGAGAGGGGAUGGUGGAAUAGAGAAGGAGAGACGGCGUUCUAUCAUGUGUCUUGAGGUGAUGUUUUUGAACUUAUCUCUAGAAAAAAGGUGGGAAGAAUAAUAAAAUACUGAUAAUGUGAAAAAGUUGAUUAAUAGUAUUGUAGAUCCUUACAGGUCCUUUUAUUUCACUGAUAAAAUUAUUAACACCAUUGACUAAAUAAUGUUGAAUAUUGUAAAAUUUCAGACAUGACGUAGAUGUUUUUACUUUGUAAAAAAUAAUGUUGACUUGUACUAAAUAUUAUUUUGGAAUAUGAAAUGACAAUUAUUCAUCAAUGCAUUAGACCUAUGGUAAUUAAGUGAAGGUCUUGGCGGAAAGUGGAUUUUUAUUGUUUGUGUAAAGUGUGUAUGUAUAUAUUAUAUGUGUAUAUGUGUGUGUGUGUGUGUGUGUGUGUGUAUAUAUAUAUACAGUUGAAGUCUGAAGUUUACAAACACUUAGGUUGGUCAUUAAAACUUGUUUUUCAACCACUCCACAAAUUUCUUGUUAACAAACUAUAGUUUUGGCAAGUCGGUUAGGACAUCUACUUUGUGCAUGACAAGUUACCUUUCCAACAAUUGUUUACAGACAGAUUAUUUCACUUAUAAUUCACUGUAUCACAAUUCCAGUGGGUCAGAAGUUUACAUACACAAAGUUGACUGUGCCUUUAAACAGCUUGGAAAAUUCCAGAAAAUUAUGUCAUGGCUUUAGAAGCUUCUGAUAGGCUAAUUGACAUCAUUUGAGUCAAUUGGAGGUGUACCUGUGGGUGUAUUUCAAGGCCUACCUUCAAACUCAGUGCCUCUUUGCUUGACAUCAUGGGAAAAUCAAAAGAAAUCCACCAAGACCUCAGAAACAAAUAUUGAAGACCUCCACAAGUCUGGUUCAUCCUUGGGAGCAAUUUCCAAACACCUGAAAGUACCACGUUCAUCUGUACAAACAAUAGUAUGCAAGAAUGAACACCAUGGGAACACGCAGCUGUCAUACUAUUCAGGAAGGAGAAGCGUUCUGUCUUCUAGAGAUGAAUGUACUUUGGUGCGAAAAGUGCAAAUCAAUCCAAGAACAACAGCAAAGGACCUUGUGAAGAUGCUGGAGGAAACCGUUACAAAAGUAUCUAUAUCCACAGUAAAACGAUUCCGAAUCGACAUUACCUGAAAGGCCGCUCAGCAAGGAAGAAGCCACUGCUCCAAACCCGCCAUAAAAAAGCCAGACUACGGUUUGCAAAUGCACACGGGGACACAGAUCAUACUUUUUGGAGAAAUGUCUGAUGAAACAAAAAUAGAACUGUUUGGCCAUAAUGACCAUUGUUAUGUUUGGAGGACAAAGGGGGAGGAUUGCAAGCCGAAGAACACCAUCCCAACCGUGAAGCAUGGGAGUGGCAGCAUCAUGUUGUGGGGGUGCUUUGCUGCAGGAGGGACUGGUACACUAAACAAAAAUAGAUGGCAUCAUGAGGUAGAUAAAUUAUGUGGAAAUAUUGAAGCAACAUCUGAAGAUAGUCAGGAAGUUAAAGCUUGGUUGCAAAUGGUUCUUCCAAAUGGACAAUGACCCCAAGCAUACUUCCAAAGUUGUCAGGAGGACUGGGCCAAAUUCACCCAACUUAUUGUGGGAAGCUUGUGAAAGGAUACCCAACAUGUUUGACCCAAGUUAAACAAUUUAAAGGCAAUGCUACCAAAUACUAAUUAAGUGUAUGUAAAUUUCUGAAAAAAAUUCAAGCUAAAAUAAAUCAUUCUCUCUACUAUUAUUCUGACAUUUCACAUUCUUAAAAUAAAGUGGUGAUUCUAAGACAUGGAAUUUUUACUAGGAUUAAAUGUCAGGAAUUGUGAAAAACUGAGUUUAAAUGUAUUUGGCUAAGGUGUAUGUAAAUUUCCGACUUCAACUGUAUGUAUGUAUAUAUACACUCACACACACGUGUGUGUAUAUAUAUACACACACACCACAUGUAUAUAUACAGUGGGGAGAACAAGUAUUUGAAACAUUGACGAUUUUGCAGGUUUUCCUACUUACAAAGCAUGUAGAGGUCUGUAAUUUUCAUCAUAGGUACACUUCAACUGUGAGAGACGGAAUCUAAAACAAAAAUCCAGAAAAUCACAUUGUAUGAUUUUUAAGUAAUUAAUUUGCAUUUCAUUGCAUGACAUAACUAUUUGAUCACCUACCAACAAUUAAGAAUUCCGGCUCUCACAGACCUGUUAGUUUUUAUUUAAGAAGCCCUCCUGUUCUCCACUCAUUACCUGUAUUAACUGCACCUGUUUGAACUCGUUACCUGUAUAAAAGACACCUGUCCACACACUCAAACAGACUCCAACCUCUCCACAAUGGCCAAGACCAGAGCGCGGUGUAAGGACAUCAGGGAUAAAAUUGUAGACCUGCACAAGGCUGGGAUGGGCUACAGGACAAUAGGCAAGCAGCUCGGUGAGAAGGCAACAACUGUUGGCGCAAUUAUUAGAAAAUGGAAGAAGUUCAAGAAGACGGUCAAUCACCCUCGGUCUGGGGCUCAAAUCAAAUUUAUUUAUAUAGCCCUUCGUACAUCAGCUGAUAUCUCAAAGUGCUGUACAGAAACCCAGCCUAAAACCCCAAACAGCAAGCAAUGCAGGUGUAGAAGCACGGUGGCUUGGAAAAACUCACUAGAAAGGCCAAAACCUAGGAAGAAACCUAGAGAGGAACCAGGCUAUGUGGGGUGGCCAGUCCUCUUCUGGCUGUGCCGGGUGAAGAUUAUAACAGAACAUGGCCAAGAUGUUCAAAUGUUCAUAAAUGACCAGCAUGGUCCAAUAAUAAUAAGGCAGAACAGUUGAAACUGGAGCAGCAGCACGGCCAGGUGGACUGGGGACAGCAAGGAGUCAUCAUGUCAGGUAGUCCUGAGGCAUGUUCCUACGCUCAGGUCCUCCGAGAGAGAGAAAGAAAGAGAGAAUUAGAGAGAGCACACUUAAAUUCACACAGGACACCGAAUAGGACAGGAGAAGUACUCCAGAUAUAACAAACUGACCCUAGCCCCCCGACACAUAAACUACUGCAGCAUAAAUACUGGAGGCUGAGACAGGAGGGGUCAGGAGACACUGUGGCCCCAUCUGAGGACACCCCCGGACAGGGCCAAACAGGAAGGAUAUAACCCCACCCACUUUGCCAAAGCACAGCCCCCACACCACUAGAGGGAUAUCUUCAACCACCAACUUACCAUCCUUAGACAAGGCCGAGUAUAGCCCACAAAGAUCUCCGCCACGGCACAACCCAAGGGGGGGGGGCUCCAUGUAAGAUCUCACCUCGUGGGGCAUCAAUGAUCAUGAGGAAGGUGAGGGAUCAGCCCAAAACUACACGGCAGGACCUGGUCAAUGACCUAAAAGAGAGCUGGGACCACAGUCUCAAAGAAAACCAUUAGUAACACACUACGCUGUCAUGGAUUAAAAUCCUGCAGCGCACGCAAGGUCCCCCUGCUCAAGCCAGCGCGUGUCCAGGCCCGUCUGAAGUUUGCCGACGACCAUCUGGAUGAUCCAGAGGAGGAAUGGGAGAAGGUCAUGUGGUCUGAUGAUACAAAAAUAGAGUGGUCUAAACUCCACUCGCUGUGUUUGGAGGAAGAAGAAGGAUGAGUACAACCCCAAGAACACCAUCACAACCGUGAAGCAUGGAGGUGGAAACAUCAUUCUUUGGGGAUGCUUUUCUGCAAAGGGGACAGGACGACUGCACCGUAUUGAGGGGAGGAUGGAUGGGGCCAUGUAUCGCGAGAUCUUGACCAACAACCUCCUUCCCUCAGUAAGAGCAUUGAAGAUGGGUUGUGGCUGGGUCUUCCAGCAUGACAACGACCCGAAACACACAAUCAGGGCAACUAAGGAGUGGUUCCGUAAGAAGCAUCUCAAGGUCCUGGAGUGGCCUAGCCAGUCUCCAGAUCUGAACCCAAUAGAAAAUCUUUGGAAGGAGCUGAAAGUCUGUAGUGCCCAGCGACAGCCCCGAAACCUGAAGGAUCUGGAGAAGGUCUGUAGGGAGGAGUGGGCCAAAAUCCCUGCUGCAGUGUGUGAAAACCUGGUCAAGAACUACAGGAAAUGUAUGAUCUCUGUAAUGGCAAACAAAGGUUUCUGUACCAAAUAUUAAGUUCUGCUUUUCUGAUGUAUCAAAUACUUAUGUAAUGCAAUAAAAUGCAAAAUAAUUACUUAAAAAUCAUACAAUAUGAUUUUCUGGAUUUUUGUUUUAGAUUCCGUCUCUCACAGUUGAAGUGUACCUAUGAUAAAAAUUACAUGCUUUGUAAGUUGGAAAACCUGCAAAAUCGGCAGUGUAUCAAAUACUUGUUUUCCCCACUGUAUAUACAUACAUACAUACAUACAUACAUACAUACAUACAUACAUACAUACAUACAUACAUACAUACAUACAUACAUACAUACAUACAUACAUACAUACAUACAUACUAUGUGUGUGUAUGUAUGUAAACAGUAUGCCUAUUGUUAUUACCUUGUGACUGAUUUGCCAAAGGGUGGAGCUUUGAGAACACUAAUGUUCUUUUGAAGUUUUGAUUUAAGAUUUUAAACCACAAAUUAAAGGGAAUGUGAAUCAAACAA